UUGGAAACAUACUCCCAAGUGAUUUAUCAUUCCUUAUUCCCUUCUUUUUUUCUUUUUUUUUUCUAUAUUGCUACCACCUUAUUCGACUAAAAUAAUCUUCCUCAGUUUAGUAUUGAGCGUUGACGCGUGAAGGCGUAGCUGACAAUGUUCGCCCCGAAAAUACUGAGGAGCCUGCCGGCAAACAGUACGGCAGUAAGACUGUUCUCGUCUGCUUUAAACGUCUCCUUUAAUUGGGAAGAUCCAUUAAAUUUGGAAUCCAAAUUGAACGAAGAUGAGAUCUUAUUGAGGGACUCGUUCAGAUCUUAUUGCCAGGAAAAACUCAUGCCUCGUAUUGUUCAAGCUAAUAGAAAUGAAGUCUUUGAUCGUAAUAUAAUGAGAGAAAUGGGGGAAAUGGGAGCACUUGGCUGCACCAUCUCUGGCUACGGAUGCAGCGGCGUUUCAAGUACUGCUUACGGCCUUUUAGCCAGAGAGGUCGAAAGAGUCGAUAGUGCUUACAGGUCUGCUUUCAGUGUUCAGUCAUCACUUGUAAUGUUUCCAAUUUACAAAUAUGGAAGUGAGGAGCAAAAACAAAAAUUCUUACCAAAACUAGCUUCUGGAGAAUUAGUAGGCUGCUUUGGACUGACAGAACCAAAUUUUGGAAGUGAUGCAGGAGGCAUGGAGUCCAACUUGAAAUAUUCAAAAGAAAGCAAAUGCUAUGUUUUGAACGGAACAAAAACAUGGAUUACCAAUGCUCCAAUAGCUGAUGUUUUUGUCGUCUGGGCCAGAGACAAAGAUGACAGAAGAGUCAAAGGAGUUGUCUUAGAAAGAGGAAUGAAAGGGCUCAGCACAAGUAAAAUUAUAGGGAAACAAUCUUUAAGAGCAUCAGAAACAGGAACAAUACAUAUGGACAACAUUGAGCUUAAAGAGGAAAAUUUCCUUCCCAAAGCUCUUGGAAUGGGAGCACCAUUUAGCUGUUUGGGCUCAGCACGUCUUGGGAUUGCUUGGGGAGCUCUUGGUGCUGCUGAAUUUUGCUUUUCAACAGCUAGACAGUAUACAUUAGACCGUAAACAGUUUAAAAAGCCACUGGCUUCUAAUCAACUGGUACAAAAAAAACUUGCAGACAUGUUGACAGAAAUCGCCCUUGGAUUACAUGCUUGCCUCCAUGUUUGUCGGCUUAAAGACGAAAACAAAUUGACACCAGAGAUGGUAUCAGUUUUGAAACGAAAUUCGUGUGGCAAAGCCUUAGAGAUUGCUCGAACAGCUAGGGAUAUGCUAGGAGCAAAUGGAAUCAGCGAUGAAUAUCAUGUAAUACGACAUUCGCAAAAUUUAGAAGCCGUCAAUACAUAUGAAGGAACUUAUGAUAUUCAUACCCUAAUUCUUGGAAGAGCAAUUACUGGAUUAAACGCAUUUGCAUAAAUGUUGAUAUUAAAAUAUAAAAAAUGUGGUUGGUUAAAAUGAACAGAAUACAAUACGCAUUUUUAACUGAGGUCUAUCUUGAUUGAGAUUUUAUGUGUAAUUGCACUUUACCUAUUUAUUCGGUUUAUCAUAAUAGUGAAUAAAAAUUUGCCAAAGGUAAUUUGAAAAUUUUAAAUUAUUGUCAACCAUGAUUUGUUAUAUAAACAAAAUUAAAGACUUUA